AAAAAAUGACAGGUUCUUGCUGUUGUUUCUCACGGUUUUACGUUGUCGGGUGUGAGCACUUGCCGCUGCCUUUUGGGGACACUUUUGGGUCCGGGGCGGUGGGGGGGGAACCGCUCGCGGGUGCAAGGCUUUGUGACCUCGAGAUCUACCGCCUGGGUGAUCCGUGAGGCUCUUGCUCAACUCACCGUCUGUCAGGCGCCAGGAUCCACUGCGACGUGCAGAUCUUCUCGCGGCCGGGCCAGUAGAAGACGGUGACUGCGAGCCGGCCAAGUCUGACUGGGAAGACUUGCAGGCCGCCGUCUUGGCCGGUGACACAAAGGCCCUGCAGGUGGCCGACGCAGUGAUGGCGCAGGAGGAGUCCGUGGAGGACUGGCGGAGCCUGCAGCUUGGCGCUCCGCGUGCAGCCAUGCCUGCCUCUGACAGCGUCUCAUCCAGGGACCCCAGGAACCUCAGGGACCCCAGCAACGGCACGACAGCUUGUGACUUCCGCGGUGCCGAUUUCGGUUGCCUGUUUUGCAGGAUGUGGGUCAGCCAGUCUGACGGAUGCCCGACCGACCUUCAGGCCGCGAGUGAAAAGGAGGAGGAGCAUCCAAACCCGUGCGUUGGUGUUGCCAAAGAAGCCAGUCAAUCUUGUGUUUGCUCUGGAAACUUGGCUCGAGGGUACUCAUCAACACUGACACAACAACAGCUCGCAAUGGUUGCCCGAUGGGUCUAG